AUGGGCAAGGAAUUGUUGAACAGCAGCAACUUCUGCCAGCAACUCGGUGCAACGUUGGUGCGGAACUUUAAACUGAAAAUCCGAGAUUCGCGCAAAACGAUAGCAGAAGUCUUUCUACCACUCUACACGUUGGGCACACUAAUAGUGUUGAAAAUACUUAUACCAAACCCAAACUUCCCUGCCAUCACUGAGCCACGUGGUGCUGCGACACUUUUUGAACAUUUUCAGCACCAUAAAGUUCAUACCAUCGCCGUAUUGCCGCAACCAAACUCUUCCACGACAAUACCGUUUCUCAGCGAAGUAAACGAGCUAUGGAUGUCCAAUCGACGCCAUCAGCCGGGAAUACAUCCCAUCAAGUGGAUUGUUUAUGACACGCCGGAGGAAUUACUAGCGGCCUACUGGCGCGAUCCGAGCAAGAUGCCGUUGGCGCUAAUUUUCCACUCGGACGAUCCACUGUUUGGACCGUUACGUUAUGAGAUUCGCACCAACCCGUCGUUUUUUGUGACGCCGUCCACGACAGAGCUGUACUCAUCGCUGGUAACUUGCAGACAAUCUGAUAGCUACUGGUCAGCAGUAAUACCGAUUGAAACUGGAGACUCCUGUCCUGUGAAUCAAUACUACUAUUCAGGGUUUGUCGCUCUACAGACGCUCCUCGACUACACUAAAAUCCGGAUCGUGACACAGAACGAAGAACUACAGAUACCUCACAUUACGCUUGAGAUGUUUCCCAAGGAAGCGUAUACUGGCAACUGGAUGGUUGCAUUUAGAUUGGUUAUUCCGAUCUAUAUGGUGAUGGCACUGUCACAAUUCAUUACAUAUCUGCUCAUACUGAUUGUUGGAGAGAAAGAAAAUCACAUCAAAGAAGGGUUGAAGAUAAUGGGUCUAAGAGAUUCCGUCUUUUGGUGUGGUUGGUUUGUCAUCUAUGCCAUAUUCGUAACGUUCCUCAGCUUUGUGUCAGUUAUCCUCGUAUUUUCGCUGGGUGUUUUUCAACAUACAAACUACCUGCCGGUGUUCAUACUUAUCCUGUUGUACAGUUUUUCAGUAAUUUUGAUUGGUUUUAUGAUUACGCCGUUUUUCGAUAACUCACGGACUGCUGGAAUACUUGGCAACUUUGCGGUAAACAUUAUGUCGUUGUUGUACUUUUUGCAAGUAUUUAUUGACGAUAAACACACCUCAGCUGCGCUAUGGACAGUGUCACUUAUUUCUCCGACUGGUUUCGCGUUAGCGAUGGACAAAAUUCUAGUAUUGGAUAUUUCCGGACAAGGCGUAACCCUUAACAACCUGUGGACAGGACCAGGUAUUCCAAUCGGUGGCUCCAUUUUAAUGCUCGUGGUUGACAUCUUACUAUAUGGAGCGUUGGCAUUCUACUUCGAUUGUGUAAUUCCAUCCGAUCAUGGCACAAAGCAGAAACCAUGCUUUUGCCUAAACCGAAAUUAUUGGUGUAAGAAAAAAGUGCCAAAAGUACCCUUGCUGAACGGCGAAUCUGCUAACUCUUUCAACAAUCCUAUGGAAGACCAGGCAUGCGACGUCGAACCAGUGUCGAGAGAAAUGCGCGGCAAAGAAGCGAUCCGUAUAGUGGAUUUGUACAAGACAUUUCAUUCAUGUCGAAAGCCGGCUGUAAAUGCCGUGAACGGAAUUAAUCUUACCAUUUACGAAGGGCAAAUAACGGCCAUUUUGGGCCAUAAUGGAGCGGGAAAGAGUACGCUGUUCAACAUACUAACGGGACUGACAUCACCUACUUCAGGUACAAUUUACAUCUUCGGAUAUGAUGUGCGAGAUCCGAACGACAUGACCAUGAUCCGCCGUAUGACGGGUGUUUGUCCACAGCACGAUAUCCUUUUCGAAACACUUACUCCAAAAGAGCAUUUGUAUUUUUUCGCGGCCGUUCGUGGCAUUCAGCCAGCACUAGUUGAUAGUGAAGUGAAAAAAACAUUACGAGACAUCGAUUUGUUCGAUACGGCGGAAACAAGGGUGAAGCACCUUAGCGGAGGCCAAAAAAGGAAACUUUCAGUGGGGAUCGCCAUCAUCGGUGAUCCCAAAAUAAUCAUUCUAGACGAACCGACAGCUGGUGUAGAUCCAUACUCACGUCGUCAUAUGUGGUCUAUUCUGCAAAAUCGCAAGCACGGAAAAGUUAUCCUUCUCACGACGCAUUUUAUGGACGAGGCUGACAUCCUGGCGGAACGGAAAGCGGUCGUAUCGCGGGGAAGGCUGCGUUGUUGUGGAUCUUCUCUAUUCUUGAAGAACAAAUUCGGCAUAGGAUACCAUUUAACGCUGGUACUUGAUACAAACUCAUGCGAAAUGUCCAUUACUAAAUUAGUGAACGAACAUGUGCCGCAAGCGGAAAAAGCGCGAAGGCACGGUCGAGAGUUGAGCUAUAUUUUGCCACACGAUGCAGUAAAUUCCUUUGUAUCUUUGUUCGAUGAUAUUGAGGACGAAAUCAAAACCAAAAGAAAAAUGUUGGGAAUUUGUUCAUACGGGGUGUCAAUGACAACGCUUGAAGAAGUGUUUUUGCAUCUUGAAACGCAGCGAGAAGGCGAACAAAAGGUGGACGGUACCGCUGACGGUGACGAUGACGAUGGCCAUGGAGAGGAUGAUGAGGAAGACGGUCAAGCUGCAGGUUAUCCUGUGUCAGAAAAUUUGAGUAGAAAGGUGAUGAAAAAUCGAGGCCUUCCUCGAAGUUUAUCGUUGCAGGAGCGCAGCAAUAGCUAUCAGUCGUUGAAGAACGAUACCAAAAAUCUGCUUGAUGAGCAAAACACCGAUAAUAAAUCGUCGCUACAGGAUAAUCGUAUUCAGUUCGAUACAAUCAUUCCUAUCAAUGGUCUUGCAACGGAUGGCAUUAGUCAAGGAACGGCUGGUUCGGGUGUUCAUCCGGUUUCGGUUGGAGUUGGGACGGGGUACGAUGGUGAUUGUCCCAAUUCGGUAGUCGCCUCGCCUCAGUCUCAAAAAUUACACCGCAAAAAACACCACCGAACGUCGCGUAACGGUGUGAGCAAAAGCAGCAAAAGUAUCUACGAGGAACAGACGCAUACAUCAUCAUCGGCGGUCAAAUUAAACAGUCAAAAUAGAACCAAUUGGAUGGACCUGCAUGACAUUCCGCUGUAUCCAUCCCGAUGGAGUACAAUCGUAGCUCUUCUAAAGCUUCGUUUGACGAUACUAUUUAGAGACAUCCAACGGUUGUAUCUGUUGAUCAUACUACCGUUGGCAUUUACUGCGCUCGGUCUCUAUCUUAACUCGAUACAGGUGCUAUCGCCGAUAAUGCGCUCGAUACUACUUGACAACACUACCUAUGGAAGUAACAUCACCAAAAUUGCCGUACACGACAAUACUUAUCCCACAACAUGGUCGCAUGCCGCUUACCUAUAUCACCAUUACCACCAAUCAAAGCAAGAAAAACGCGAGUCGCAGAAGCAUUACGAUCCAGCUCCUCAAUUCUUGCAUCAAAAGCAUCAUCAGCAGCAACAACAGUCUAAAGAAGCGGCCCAUCUAUACCAUCGCUUUCUGACGGAGCUGAAUCGAUCAGCCAACGUAACCGAAGAGUACAACGGUAACUUUUCACUUUUACUGGAUGUUGCUCCGCAUAUGGCUGCUUUCAAUGUUAACGUCAUUUCCUGGUCUAAUGUAUCGAUUACAACUCUGUACAAUGACACGACACAACACAGUUUACCUAUUAUUUUGAAUGUGAUAAGUAACACGUUGUUGAGGGUGUAUGCUGAAUUGUCACCAGCGUCGAUAAAUUCCCAAAACCUUCUUUACCAUCGUACCACAAGUAGUCGUAAAGGCCCGGCACCAACACCCGCUGUACAGUCCGCGUUCGACUAUCAGGCCGAUACGGUGGAGACAGAGGACGUCGAAGACUUGUCUAUCCAACCGUUACCUUCAAGCACUGCUAGUGCAACUUCAUCUUCGUCAUCGCAGGCCAGCGCAAGCUCUACGAAUGAUCGAAUAGCCAGUGAUUCCAUACUGCGAAUCGAGUUAUGGUCCCAUCCUUUCCAACAAACGGCUCAACCGCAGGAAUUCAAUAUUGGCACAUUUUCGUCAGCACUCUUUGUAGGAAUGAUAUUUGUACUCAUACCCGUAUCGCUGGCUGUCGACAUGGUAUACGAUCGUGAAAUGAAAGCUAAAAACCAACUGCGAGUUAAUGGACUCUCUUCGUCAUUAUACCUCUCCGCUUAUUUUAUUGUACUAUCUGGACUGAUGAUAGUCAUUUGUGCUGCAUUGCUUGGGCUGGUAUUUUUAUUCGAUAUACCAUCAUUCCGGCAGCCUCCGGCACUCAUCACUUUGGGAAUGCUCGUAUUCCUUUACUCACCCGCUGGUAUACUUUGUUCUACAUGUUUUUCCUAUUUCUUCGAUCGAACCGAUUCUGCGCAAUCGAUAUUACCAAAUAUUCUUACAUUCGUAGGAUUGAUUCCGUUCAUAUUAGUUGUCUUUUUGGACAUGCUUGGAAUCGAGGUAAAAGCAGCAAUCGCUCUGCACUAUGUGUUUUCCUUAAUAAACCCGAUGUAUAUCCCGUAUGCGACGGUGUAUUUUGUGGAUCGAGUGUACAUUGCGUGUAGACUAAGUUCGGCUUGUGCAGAACUAUCCAUGGCGCACUAUAUGACCGAAGAAGUAAUUGUGAUGGCAUGUGGGUGCCUGUUGCACAUUCCCAUUUGGGCGUUUUGUUUACGGGUUUCCGAUGUUAUGAAAAGCGGCGGUCGAAUGCGCGAUCUUUUCCAUAGAUCUGCGAGUGAAGAGGACGUAAUGACCGAGGAGCAAUGUACCGGUGAAUAUGAGGAUGAGGAUGUUCGCAACGAAAGAAACCGCGUUUUUAGGCUUACAAUGAACUCACACCAAUCGCCACAGGAUGAUGGACCACAGCUACAACCAGUAGUUUUGGUCAAGAGCCUACGCAAGGAAUUUUCGCAAGAAUCACUAUGUGGUAAUUCCUGUUGCUGUGCGGAUGAUGAGCCUCCGCGGAAAAAGGUGUCCGUGCGGAGUCUUUCAAUUGCAGUGGACGCCGGAGAGGUGUUAGGAUUACUUGGACACAACGGAGCUGGCAAAACAACCACCAUGAAAAUCAUGACGGGCGAGACGGCUCCAACACGUGGCACGGUUCGGGUUGCUGGUCAUAGUAUAACUAUCAAUCAAGACGACGCUUUCAAAACGUUAGGAUACUGUCCGCAACAUGAUGCUCUGUGGAAGAACGUAACGGUGCGAGAACACAUGGAGUUAUACGCUCGUAUUCGCGGUGUACGAGGGAAAGACCUCAAUCGUUUAAUAUCGACGUAUCUCACGGGGUUACACAUAAACGAGCAUGCCAAUAAGCAAACCCAGCAUUGCUCGGGCGGUACAAGGCGCAAGCUAAGCUACGCUAUGGCCAUGGUAGGAGCUCCAAAGGUGGUCUUGCUGGAUGAACCAUCUACUGGUAUGGAUCCGAAAUCAAAACGUUUCCUAUGGGACACCAUUCUGGCAAGUUUUCAUGGUAAACGAUGCGCCAUGCUAACAACGCAUUCGAUGGAGGAAGCCGAUGCUCUUUGCUCUCGUGUAGGAAUCAUGGUGAAGGGAGAGCUAAGAUGCCUUGGCUCGACACAGCACCUCAAGAAUCUAUAUGGGGCCGGUUACACACUUGAAAUAAAACUGAAACACAUAGAAAAUGUUUACAGUGAGACUCCAAUCGAAAGCCAACCUAGCAGCAGCCAAGAACACUUGCAGCUCGAUCAGUGUACGGAUCAUAUUACACCAGUCAUUAGCAACUGCAUUGACAAUCGUUCGAUGGCGUUGCGCAAUUUCGUUACUGAUUUAUUUCCCAGUGCUACUUUGGAAGAGAGCUUUGCUGAUCGGCUGGUAUAUUCUGUGCCACAACAAGCCGUUAGUUCCUUAGCUGAGUGUUUCUCGCGGCUAGAGAAAGCUAAAACCGAACUAGACAUUGAGGAAUACUCAUUUAGCCAAACGACAUUGGAGCAAGUGUUCCUAAAAUUUGCCCACUAUGACGAAGAAACCUCUAGUGUGCAGUAACUUAAAAAAAGCCCAG